GAGAGUCUACAAGCAGGAGACGGGAUGCUCAGCACUUCCAAACCCUUGGCUUUCUCGAUCGAGCGAAUUAUGGCCCGGACUCCGGAACCCAAGCGGCUUCCUUCGCCACCCGCGCUGCCAGGCUCGCUGUGCAAGGGCGAGCCCAAGCAUGUGUUCCACCUGAACUCCUCGGUGCCCUGCAUGAUCCCCCUGGUGCCCUUGGCCUACGACCCUCGCUCCAAAGUUGGCCCCGGCGGCUCGGAGCCCCGCAAGAGCCAGCCGGAGAGUCCCUACGCGUGCGGCCGAGCGGCCGGCGGCAGGCUCUCGCCUCCGCUGGAGCAGUACAGGGUCAUCCGGCCGCGGGUGGUGCACCAGUCCUCCUUCCAAGCCAUGGGGGCCCUGUGCUACCUCAACUGCGGCGAGAGCCCGUGCCCCUCGCCGGCCACCAUCUUCAACAUGCACCCGAUGGCCUCUUACCUGCUGGGCUCCCCGCUGGGGCUGCCCCAGAAAGCGGUGCUCGGUGACCGGAACAAGCUGGUGCUGCAGCCGCCGCCCCCACCCCCGCCGCCGGUCGGAGCGGAGCGGUUCCCCGCCGCGGCGUUCAAGGAGCUCUCGCCCGCUCAGCUGCAGCAUUAUGUCAAGGAGAGCGCCCAGUUCCUGUCGGAGAAACUCCACCUGAAGCAUUCCUCCAAACUCAGCAACUCCUCGCAGAACAGCAAGCCCAAAGUGUUCACCUGUGAAGUCUGCGGCAAGGUCUUUAAUGCACAUUAUAAUUUAACCCGUCACAUGCCGGUGCACACUGGGGCUCGCCCAUUCGUUUGCAAAGUGUGCGGCAAGGGAUUCCGUCAGGCCAGCACGCUGUGCCGACACAAGAUCAUUCACACCCAGGAGAAACCGCACAAAUGCAACCAAUGUGGAAAAGCGUUUAACAGGAGUUCCACACUCAACACUCACACCCGAAUCCACGCGGGCUACAAACCCUUUGUCUGCGAGUUCUGUGGGAAAGGUUUUCACCAAAAAGGGAACUACAAGAACCACAAACUGACGCACAGCGGGGAGAAGCAGUUUAAAUGCAGCAUCUGCAACAAAGCUUUCCACCAAAUCUACAACCUCACCUUCCACAUGCACACUCACAACGACAAGAAACCCUUCACCUGCUCUGCCUGCGGCAAAGGCUUCUGCCGGAACUUUGACCUUAAAAAGCACGUCCGGAAAUUACAUGAUAACUGCCCGGGACCCCGUCCCUCCGCGGCGGACAUGUCGGGAGAGGAGCAGACUCGGAAAUAA